CCAGGAUCGGGACCUGCACCAACCAUCCCGAGAAUGCAACGUGGACUGCCUCAGAAGAUGCCUAUCAAGGGCGUGAAACACAUCAUUGCUGUGGCCUCGGGCAAGGGGGGCGUCGGCAAAUCAACCACUUCGGUGAACUUGGCAUUAGCGAUCGCAGGAAUGAACAAGCGUGUAGGGCUUCUUGACGCCGAUAUUUUUGGACCCUCGAUUCCUCGACUCAUGAAUCUUAGCGGCGAACCAGAACUCACGGGAACAGAGGAUCGAUUGGUGCCCUUGACAAACUUUGGGGUCAAAUGCAUGUCCAUGGGCUUUCUGGUUGGAGAAGAGGCUCCUGUGGUCUGGCGAGGUCUGAUGGUCAUGAAAGCCCUUCAGCAAUUGUUACACCAAGUCGAAUGGGGAGAACUCGAUCUCCUUGUGAUUGAUAUGCCACCAGGUACGGGCGAUACACAGUUGACCAUCUCGCAGCAGAUCCCGCUUUCUGGUGUGGUCAUUGUAUCAACGCCACAGGAUAUUGCUUUGAUCGACGCACGCAAGGGAGUUAACAUGUUCAAGAAGGUCAACGUCCCUAUCUUAGGUGUAGUUCAAAAUAUGUCGCUGCACGUCUGCCCUAAUUGCAAUCACGAAUCACAUAUCUUUGGAGACGGAGGUGCGGAACGAACAGCCAAGGAGAUGGACUUAGACUUCCUAGGCGAUGUGGCCCUACACUCUGAGAUCUGUCAACUGUCGGACAAGGGCCAGCCCGUAGUGGUCUCAAGACCCGACAGCAAACAUACGCAGUACUACAAGGCCAUUGCUUCCAAAGUCGUUGACAAGCUCUGGCCAUUAGAAGCGAAAUCUCCAUCAGCUUGA